AUGGCUGAAUAUACGAUAAAAAAGGCUUUAUUUGUGUGUCUUGGUAACAGUUGUCGCUCCCCAAUUGCUGAGGGAGUGUUUAAACACACAGUAAAUAAACUGGGCAAGGGGCAUGAAUGGGAGAUAGACAGUGCAGCAAUAGCCGACUGGAAUGUUGGAUACCCUCCUUCUGAUAGAGCAACUAAUGUUAUGAGGAAGCAUGGAAUAAGAUACAAUGGUGUGGGCAGGCAGAUAACAACUGAAGAUUUCAAUAAUUUUGAUUACAUUUUUGGAAUGGACGAACAAAACAUAAGAAACCUCCACCAUUUAGCACCUACAGAGCCAAAAGCAAAAAUAUUACUUCUUGGUGAUUUCGACCCUGAAGGAGAAAGAAUCAUCAGGGAUCCAUAUUUUGAUAAUGACGAUAGAGGCUUUGAAAAAUGUUACCAACAAGCAACGAGAAGCUCUAAAGGGUUCUUGGAGCAACUAGAAAAAGGCAGCAUCAAA